CCUCUGUUGGCAUGUCAGAUGAACUAGUAAAUCUAAACGUCUGGGGAUGAUACCGGUAACGCCCUAGAUCUUAUAAUAAUUAAUCAUCUCACGGAAUGUGCAAUGUUUAAUGUAUAUUGAUAUAAAAAACACAAAAUAUCCGUUUAAAUAAUCAUAUUGAAAAAUGGAUAGUAAAGGCAGAAAGAUUAUUGUUUGUGAUAACGGAACAGGGUUUGUAAAAUGUGGAUAUGCAGGAGCAAAUUUUCCAGCACACAUAUUUCCAUCUAUAGUUGGACGUCCUAUUAUCAGAGCUGUCAAUAAAAUAGGAGACAUUGAUGUGAAGGAUGUGCUUAACAUGCCUGAUUUGAUGGUUGGAGAUGAAGCAAGUAAACUUCGUUCCAUGCUAGAAAUUAGUUAUCCAAUGCAAAAUGGAAUUGUUAGAAAUUGGGAAGAUAUGUGUCAUGUAUGGGAUUAUACAUUUGGUAAAGAGAAGAUGAAUAUUAAUCCUAGGGAAUGUAAAAUUUUACUGACUGAACCACCAAUGAAUCCUAUUACAAAUCGUGAAAAAAUGAUUGAGGUAAUGUUUGAAAAAUAUGGUUUUGCUGGUACAUAUAUUGCAAUUCAAGCAGUACUUACAUUAUAUGCUCAAGGAUUAAUCAGUGGUGUUGUAGUAGAUUCUGGUGACGGAGUCACUCAUAUUUGUCCUGUAUUUGAAGAAUAUGCUUUACCUCAUCUUACUCGACGAUUAGAUAUAGCUGGUCGAGAUAUUACAAUGUAUUUAAUAAAACUCCUUUUGUUACGUGGUUAUGCAUUUAAUCAUUCUGCUGAUUUUGAAACUGUUAGAAUGUUAAAAGAAAAAUUAUGUUAUAUUGGUUAUAAUAUUGAAACUGAAGAAAAGUUAGCUCUUGAAACAACUGUUUUAGUUGAAUCAUAUACUCUUCCUGAUGGAAGAGUAAUAAAAGUAGGUGGAGAGAGAUUUGCUGCACCAGAAGCUUUAUUUCAGCCUCAUUUGAUAAAUGUUGAAGCUCAAGGAAUUGCUGAAUUGGUAUUCAGUACUAUUCAAGCAGCUGAUAUUGAUAUAAGAAGUGAAUUAUAUAAACAUAUUGUUUUAAGUGGUGGUAGUACAAUGUAUCCUGGACUUCCAUCUAGACUUGAAAGAGAAAUUAAACAACUUUAUCUUCAAAGAGUAUUAAAGAAUGAUACUUCAAAAUUAAAUAAAUUUAAAAUAAAAAUUGAAGAUUCUCCGCGACGCAAAGAUAUGGUCUUCAUGGGUGGUGCUGUAUUAGCAGAAAUUACAAAGGAUCGUGAGUCAGUAUGGAUAACAAGAGAAGAAUAUGAAGAAAAAGGUCUUAGUGUAUUAAAAAAAUUAGGCUCUUAUGAACCAUAAAAAAAAAAAUAAUGAAAUAUAUACAAAAAUAUAUACUUUUUUUUAUAUUUAAAGUUCCAAAGUGCAAAGUUUUUAUAUUUUAUAUUCGCAAUUCAUUUAUAUCGAAUUGUUUUAAGUAUCUAGGCUGAAUAUAAUCAGAAUAAUAUAAGUUUAAAAAAUAUUAGAUUUUUAAAUUUUAAAAUUAAUUUUAUUUAAUAUAUAUAUAUUUCUAUAAAUGUAUGAUUAUAUUGGAUUUAAAUAUUAUUAAAUUUAAUUUUCAUUAAAUUUAAUAUAAGUUGACUUGAAUUUUACAAAAACCAAAAACUAUUUUUUGGAUAUGUAUAAUGCAUAAACAUAUUUGUGAACGAUACAUUGUAAAUAUAUUGAUUAUUAAUAUUUUUUUUAUAUUCAAUGAAUACAAUUUUUGUCAAUAGACUUAUAUCAUUGUAAAAAAUUGUAUCGUUUUAGUUUACAAUUAAUGUAAUGUCCAAUUUAAAUAUUGUAUUCAAAAUUUUAAUUUGUUAACAUAAUGGCUAAAAUUAAAUAAUUAGAUUUAUGAAUAUUAUAAUAUUUAACUUUUAAUUUAUUUUUAUUCUACUAUACAUAAAAAUAUUUUAUAUUAUUUUAUAUUAUUUUAAAUUUUUAUAUAAUUAAAAUUUUUGUUACGAGAUUUUCUAGUUUAAAAUGUUAUUUUUUAUAUAAUGCUUUUAAAAAAAAGUAUUUAAAACUAUAAUUUUUAAAUAAAUUAUAUAUUUUUAAUUUUGGCCAUUUAUUUUAAUUUACAGUAGCUUAUAAAAGAAUAGAGAAGAAUUUUUAUAUCUCUAUAUUCUUCUUUGAUAUUUUGAAACUGAAAUUAUUGAAAUAAAAUUCAGAUUUCAAUAUACUGAAAGUAAAGAAUAUGAGACAAAAAAGUAUUUUAUAUAAAAAAUAUUAAAAAAAAUGUACAUAUACAUAUAAAUAUAUAUGAUUUUUUUUAAAUUAAGUUGAAUAAUUUGUAGAAAUAAAUUUAUUUCUUACAAAAA